AUGCUGCAACUCCCGCACCGUAAAUUCACAUAUUCCAAAAGCCAACCGAGUCCAUUAAGCAAGCCAUCCAACAACCACACUCCUCCAGCUCCUCAAGCACCAAUACACGAACGACUAGUUUCUAAAUUACGAGCAUGGAGGAACUCAGCGCAAGAUCACCAUCUAUAUCGAACGGCAUUGUAUUGGGCUGAUAAGAUUAUAUCUAUUACUGGAAACGCGACUGAUAUAUGGCACUUUGCACGAAUAUGUUUUGAAAUGGGGGACGCUAUACGUGCUGAACACGUCCUGAAAUCGUUUAAUUUGAUUGCGAGACAUGUCGAGUGUCGGGAGUUGGCUGCUCAGUGUCUAAUCAAGCAAGAUCAAUUCGACGAAGCCAGGACAUUACUAGAGCAGAAUGUGACUGGCUUGACUACUCUACCUCAAGUCGAAUCCAAGGUCUCAGAAGCUGAAAUCAACGUCAAGGCACGACAGCUUUUUUUAUUGGGAAGUGCUGUCCUCAAAUUACAAAAGACUGCACGAGCUCAAAGAUGCUUUAUGGAUGCGCUUACUGCUGAUCCACGGUGUUAUGAUGCUCUGUAUUCACUGAUUGAGCAUUGCUCGUUGCGAGAGAUGAGUGGUUCAAAUCUCCUCCAACUUGUAAAAUUCGAGCAGCUAGAGCCAGAUGUAUCCGAGUUUGUCAAGAUGCUGUAUAGUAUCAAGUCAAGGAACAAAUAUGCUCAUGACCCCGAUUUUGACAAACGAAUCGAUGAAUUCGCUACACUGUAUCGUUUAUGUAAUAAUGCAGACAUUCUACUGUCAAGAGCGGAGAUGCUGUUGGUGAGGUGUCGAUUCCAAGAGUGUUUGCAGGUCACUACAAGCAUUCUAGUCCGAGAUCCAUUCAACCUUGAAACGAUACCGAUACACAUUGCAUGCCUGUACCAACUCAACAUGACACUAGAAUUGUAUGAUUUGGGUCAUCAGCUAGUGGAUCACUACCCAAAGCUGGCAGUAUCGUGGUUUGCUGUAGCUACGUAUUAUUUAGGAAUCAAAAAGUAUGAGGAGGCUCGAACUUACUUCAGCAAAUCCUCAUUAAUCGAUUCCAAUUUCGGACCUGCUUGGAUUGGAUUUGCUCACACGUUUGCAUUGAGUGGUGAAAACGUCAGAGCUAUCAAUGCUUAUUCAUCUGCCGCUAGACUUUUUGAAAAGACCCAUCACCCAACAAUGUACAUUGGCAUGGAGCAUUUACACAUGAAGGACUUCGACCUUGCUGAACAAUACUUGACUGCUGCUAGAAGUAUUUGCAAAUUUGAUCCAUUGUUGGAGAAUGAAUUGGGUGUCUUGUACUAUGAGAAACAAGAAUAUGAAAGGGCAGCAGAAUACUUUGAGAACGCAAUUCAAAUCACUGGAGAACUGCAUGAGAAAUCACUCAUGUGGGAAAGCACCUAUUCUAAUCAAGGUCAUUGUUAUCGAAAUCUCAAACAACACUCCAAGGCCAAAGAAUGUUUCAUGAAAGUCCUGCAAAUAAAUCCAGCUAGCUCGAAUGCCAUGUCGGCUUUAGGACUUAUACAUCAUGUUGAAGGAGAUUUAGAGAAAGCGUCAAUGUGUUACCACAACGCUCUGGCAGUAAAUCCAGGCGACAUCCAAACCACCGAACUGCUGGAUCGAGUCAUUGAAGACAGCGCAGCAGUCCACCAUGAAACUCUGCACUUACGAGAUGACACAGACCACUACUCGAAAAUGCUGAAUCAGGUCGUACCUGAAAUGGAACAUGCUCCAUCACAAUCCAAGCAACAACAGCCAAUGACGGCCAAAGCAUUCUUUGAAACACCAGUGAAUAAAUUGAUUGCUGGUAAUGGUGGUACAGGUGGAGGAAGAGGAACGUCGUCGUCGUCGUCUCCAGCAUCUCCAGUAAUGUUUGAAGCACGACGUUCUACACGAUUGCAAAGGAGUGCCACUACGACUACUAGAUCGAACACGAUUACAACUACGACGAACGUCAUAGUUGCAGAGCAGGAGGAGGAGGAUGAUGAUAUCCAAAUGGAGCUGGAUGAUUGA